AGAGGUGGAUCUAGUCCUCUGGCAUCUCAGCGGACUUAGUUUUGUGGCCCCCGAAGCCAUAUAGUCUGCGCGGUACAGAGCUCGUUCGCCUUAGAGCAUAUUAAGAAACCCCCCAUGGAUUUCGUCAGUGACUUCGACUUGAUGAAGUUCGGCGUCAAGAAAGAGGCGAUGCAGGGGAUGGACCGCUCCUUCAUCGGGCCGUGCAGUCAGCUUCAAAGACCAGACUCUGUUUCGUCCACCCCUGGCAGCACACCUUGCAACUCGGUACCCUCAUCUCCAAACCUCAAUCCAAACGAGCAGAGAAAUAACCCUGGCGGCGACCAGUUCUGGAUCUCCAACAACGGAGGUUACCCUCAGCAAAUGUUCCCUCAAGCUUUUGGUCUGACACCCGAGGACGCAGUGGAGGUUCUCAUCGGCGCUACGGCGCAGCAGGGGCACCCGUCUGUGCCCCAUGGCCACCAUGCGCAAGCUUUCCAAGCUGAAUUUGAUGGGUAUGGGCACCUAAACGACCCUGUCCAGCACUACCCCGGACUCCCAAGUCACCCCGACAUGCAAGGCAUUCCAACCAGUCACUGCCAAGAUCAGUAUCACAAAGAUGACCUGGGGAGUGCGUCUCCUCAGUCACCAGAGGCCCAACAGGUCCUCGGUGCGCACCAUCAUCUCCAGCAGCAGCAGCAGCACAUUCGCCACGACAGGCGAAGCAACGCGGAGAUGCACUUCAGCGACGACCAGCUGGUUUCCAUGUCCGUCAGGGAGCUGAAUCGGCAUCUGAGAGGCCUAAGCAAGGACGAGGUGAUGCGUCUCAAGCAGAAACGCCGGACCCUGAAAAACAGAGGUUACGCACAGUCCUGCCGCUUCAAGCGCGUCCAGCAGAAACACGUUUUGGAGCACGAGAAGACCAGCCUGGUCUCUCAAGUGGAGCAGCUGAAACAUGAACUCAACAGACUGGCCCGGGAGAGGGACGCAUAUAAACUUAAAUGUGAGAAACUGACUGGUGCAAACUGUUACCAUGAAACUGGGUCCACCAGUGACAACCCUUCCUCACCUGAAUAUUUAAUGUGAGUGAUUUUUUUUUAUUAUUUUUGUUUUCUGCAAAACUAAGAUGUUAUUUUCCUUAGGGAGGCAUAUAUGUUGACAGCUGAUCUUGCACCUGUUUCUCAAAUAAUCCUAUUGAUUCAUCAGACCUACAGGCCAUAAUUAAUGUAUAAAAUACCAAGGUUAUCACUCAAAUAAUUGUAACUGAUAGGCAACAAGUCAUGAAUGGAAACUUACACUGAAACAUGCAUGCAGGACAUGUGUGAAAUAUCUUUCUCUCUCUCUCUCUCUCUCUCUCUCUCUCUCUCUUUCUGUUUUUUUUUAAAUAUAUAUAUAUAGGCCUAUCUAUAUUUUGUCUGACAGGAAAUACUUGAAAUCAGAGAAUAUCCACUUUCCUAUUAUAUAAUGUAUCUGGUUUUUAGCCAUCUUCUGUUUCAGUUGCCACUCAUUUUACAUGGCUGAUGGUGAUUAUGCUUUGCUCAGUUUUAUUUGCUCACAUGUUGUCCAUAUUUUAUGUUCACACUUCCCGAAUAUAGAUACCAUACCCCAAAGAAUGCUAUACUAAAUAUCAAAUUUCCAUUAUUUUUAUGAAGCUAAUUCUGCUGGUCAGAUUUGUUCCUCAUUUUGUUUUCUUUCUAAGAUAAUACACAAUUGUGCAAGAAAAAAAAAACUUGUAUUUUUUUUCUCAAUAUUGACUGGCAUUGUUUUGUAUUUAAAUUGUUUUUCAUCUACUAUGGAUCAAUAAAGCCAUUGUGACUUUU